UGUUCACAUGCCAAAAUUCAUAACUGCAGGCAUGAAUGUGCCUCGGGGCCAAAAGGCCACAGCAUGGAGGCGUCGUUGUGUUCUUUGUCGCAUGAAGUCCCCCAUCACCUGCAGCACUUGUUCAGUUUGCCUCUGCUUUACAGCAGAAAGAGACUGCUAUGGGACAUGGCAUCAGCAGCACGAUAUUGUGUAGAGGACUGAGGGUCUUCCAAGGGUUUACCCUUGUUUUUUAAAAUAUUUUUUUUAAAACAUUUUUAUUUUAUAAAAUGGUGUGUAAGAAUAGCAUUUUGUUAUGUUGUAUAUAGUUAUUUGCAUAAAAAUGUAUCACUUCACCAAUUUGGCCACUUGGGUACAUUUGGGCAACUUGUGUGACUUCAUGCUAACUGUCAUGUUGCUCGCUCAUUCCUGAAGUUAUCAGUCUGACACUUUGCACAACUACUGUUGCCCUCUUGUGUUGUUCUAUAUAGGUAUUUUCUUGAAUGUAUCAAUUUGGCCACUUGGGUACAUUUGGGCAACUCGUGUGGGACACCUGGGUGACUUCAUACUAAAUGUCAUGUAACUCGCUCAUUCCUGAAGUUAUCAGUCAAACUUUGCACAUAUACUGUUGCCCUGUUGUGGACAACAUAUAAAUGAUCCCCAGCGUCCAUCUCAAUGUAUGUCCUUUCUUAUUUCAAAGAUGAUCAAAUAAAAAUUGAAAACAUG